AUGGAGUUCAUGGUGCCAAGUCUCCGAAUUGCUGUUGAGAAUAAACUUGGUGAUAUGGAGAGCCUGAGGGAGCGCCUGUAUGCCCUAAACAAACUCGAUGAACGAAGGCUAAUGGCACAAUGGGUGACAGACGUGGCCCAGCAACGAAGGAAACAUUGGCAAGACCAACACAUUCCGCGGGCGAGGUUCACCCCGGGGCAGUUAGUCUUGAAAUAUAAUGGACAAAACGAAAUUAAACCGGGGAAAUUCAAAGUCCGAUGGUUAGGGCCCUUCCGGAUACGUGAGGUCAACACGAACGGGGCGAUAAAAUUAUGGACGCUGGACGGGAAGGAGAUAUUAGACGCAGUCAACGGGUCGAAACUGAAGGUCUAUCAUGAAUGGAGGGAACUGGGAACCCCCAGUCAGACAGCCGCGGCUAAAAAUUAG